AGUGAACAUAAAACUAACAAGUUUACAUGCUAUACGUUGUGAAUAGCAUGUAUUUAUUUUUUACUAUUUUGAUGUGGAAUAGAAUUUUUUAAAUUACUCGUUUUUGUUAUGUAGUUUCAGAGGACGUUAGUUGGCACAAACAUUUUUGUAUUUCAUAUGAGCGGUAUAUUAAUUAACAAUACCCCAUCGGUCAGUCAUGUUCAGACGGGUAGUACUGCACCUUGUGCUUAUGAAGAGUUUGGUGCACCCCCGUCAUACGAGGAAGCGAUAAACCCAAAUGCACCUCCUCCUUCUUAUGAUUCCCUUUUUGGACGUGUUCGGGAAGCCCAAAAGACAAGUAAAGGAAUUUUAGAUUUUUUGAAAAAUGUUAUAAUUAUUAUUUUAGGAACUCUUGGGUGUACAAUAAUAUUAGGCGUUACAAUAGUAAUUCCAAUAUGUAUGAUUGUUAUGGGGUCCAUUUACUUGCACGAGUGCCCUCAAGGGGAGUACAUUCCAGUUUAUCUACUUGUAGGAGGUAUAUUUGGUAUAUUAAAGCAGCUACUUCAUCUCUCAGCAAGAGUACGACAGACAGAGGAGGAACGACAAGAAGAAAAUCUUAGGCAAUCUCCGACUCAGACUUUACUAAAUUGCUUUAUGCUUGGUUGGUUUAUAAUCGGGUCCGUAUGGGUUUAUAAGGAAUACCAGCCUAAUUAUGACCCCUCCUUCGGACAAUAUUGUAACAAAAACUUGUACCUUUUUGCUUUUUGGCUUAUCACAUCCGUCUACAUUUUGUUGGGUAUAGUUACAAUAUGUUUGUGCUCGAUUAGUAUAGCGACUGUUAUUUUUCACACCGAUAGAAGUGACGAAAACACCACUACCGGCCGUCAUUGGUAAAUUGCUUUUUAAAAAAUAUUUUCCAAAAAUUAACUUUGGUGGUUUAAUUUUCUUGUUUUAUAUCCGAUAUAACUUUGCUUUUGCUAUAUACAGGUACCUAAACUGUAACUGUCAAACGAAAUAUAUGAAAAUUGUUGUUUGAGGUUGUCAUAUUUUAUAUAAAAAUAAGUUUUUGUAAAAGAUAUUUUGUAAGCCCGAUUUUUGUAUUAGUUUGGGAUGAAACCUAACAAAAGCUACCUAAAAUGGCCAUUUCUAAUCAAGUUACUAAUUUAAAAAAUGAUUAAAAUAAAUAGCUAUAGUAGAAAAAAAAGAAAGUUUAAAUAAUUUUUUAAUUUUGCAAUUUAAAAUCUCAAACAUCGUUUAUUUAAAGUCCAAAUAUUCUGCUCCUAGCGACUUCUACAAAAUACACCUGUUUUACGUAAAAAUUACAUUCGUGUACAUGGCGGCCAUCUAUAACUUAGAACCGUAAUAAAAUAAAAUUCUAAUAUCGCAAGUCAAAACCCCUAAAAUACCCAAUUAUUUCGAAAAAAAGUUAAGCUACAUACUUCAUUACAGGCUGUUAAUUAAGUAUGUAUUGUAAGGCUGAGUCUGCUCAUUACAUCUUCAAAGGAAUGUAUCAAAUUUCCUGUAAUCUUUCUAAAAACCACUGAACUAUUGAAGUGCACAUGAUUAAAAUCGACUAGUCCAUUAUUUUUUUAAUUCGUUCGGCAAAAGCUGCGCUUAUGUUGGAUGUGAAACAUUUGUAUCAAUAUACUUAAUUUUGGGACUUGGGAUUAUAUCAAAAAUAAGUUUGAAUCUCAGACUAUUCAUACCUGAAGGAGUUCGAUUAUUUUUUAUUUGUGUAAUGUGCCAAGGUUUUGUUGACGAGUGCAUCUUUCUAUAUCUGUGAUAAAAUUUAUUUUACAUAUUUUUAUAUAAACUGUAUUGUUAAAUCAUUUAGUCGUGUUGACGUUUUUAUAUUUUACGUUGUUAGUGUAAAUUGCAUUAGAUAGACAUAGUUUAAUAUUUACAAGUUAUAAAUGCAGAGGUUUAUUUUUUACUUUCGCAAUUGUCAAGUGUAAUUUUUUUGCGCUUUAAUAUUUGUUGCAAUACUCGUUACACGAACAAAUUAGUAUAAAUAUACUUAUGUAUUAGUAUUGAGUUAACAUUAAAUUUGAUCUGUUAUUGUAUCCUAACAAAGCCAAAGCUGAGCGUGAACGCUUUGGGUGAUUCCAUAUUAAAUAUUGUGGCAGGUUUGCUCAUGUUUAAGUGCCAUACAAAAUUUUCAUACACAUUUCAUUGUUUCAUGCAUUGCAAAUAUUGGACUAAAAUUGUAUGUCUUUUAUCAAC